GCUCACACACCUUUGCACUGUGAUAAGGGGAAUAUUAUUACUCUACUAGUGGCUUGUCCAGAUAAGCUGUUUGGGGCGGGCAGUCUGCAUUUUUUUCCAAGCUCUCAUUCUGCUGCACCAGUAACUCCAGAUUCCGUUCCCAAGGAAAUAAGCUGUUUUUUAUUUAAAACUGCAAAGAGCGAUGGAGGGUUUAGGUAAAGACCAUGCUUAUUCAGACCCUUCCCUGUCACCCUCUACAGCUCGUGAGGAGCAUGCUGUGGCAGGUGUCACCACCCGUCGCUUGAGAGACCGGGAGAUGCUCCGGAAAAGAAAGGCAGAAGCCCAGGAGAAGGAUUCAAUUCAGUGGGCUACAGGGGAGCAGGAGAGGAGCAAGCAGCCGAGAAAACGACGAGGAGCCAGGCGAGGACGGGGCCGCCAGCCCAUGGUGAAGCGCACACUGAAGCCAGAACCAGAGCCGGACCCCGAGCCCCUGGCACAGAAGGAGGCUGAGCUGGUGCCCCCCAUGCCUGAGCGCCAAGCCCAGCCACCCAUGAUGGCCAUGCAGGAGAUGCUCGGUGGGGUGCAGAUGGGAGCACUGGAGGGAGAGAUGGCAUCUGGGAGCCAGGGUCCUCUGGGUGAGCUGCCGGAGAGCUGCCAUCCCUGUGGGGAUGUACGGGCCCAUGGGUUGGGGCUGUGGGGGCAGGUACCACUCCCCAAGUCAUGGGGAGGGACAAAAAGCCCUCUGCUGUCAGCAGAGUGGUUGGCACAGGGUCUGUGGUUGCUGGUCCUAAAUAGCUCGUGUGCUAAGGACAUCUCUGUGGGCAUUUUUGCAUGGGGAAGAAGUGUUUCUGUCCUGACACACCUCCCUGGGACAACAGGUCAGGCAAAGAGACUUUGCAACAGCAAAACUGUUGGUUCACAGAGGAGUGUCUGCCCCCAGUCCUCUGCUGCCUGA